AUGAGCUGCAAUCCUCGUGCCCCGUGUCUAUUCCUCUCCCAUGGGACGGGCCCUUUUCCCCUCCUGGACCCCGAUCAAGAAUCCUACAGACAACUCGUUCGCCAACACGCAAGUAAACUCGACGGCGUGAAAGGCAUCCUGCUGUUCUCAGCCCACUGGGAAACCGGCCAGCCGCAUAUCACUGCUAGCGAUAAUCCCGGAAUAUACUACGACUACGAGGACAUGCGGAACACUCUCCCCCCGGCAGCAUUCUCAUUCGAGUAUCCAGUCGCUGGGAACGCAAAACUAGCCAUCGAGAUCGCGAACCAACUGCGGGACCACGGGUUUGACCCUGUCUUGGACAACGAUCGUGGACUGGACCAUGCAGUCUACGUCCCCAUGACCCUCUUGCGUCCAUCCGCAGACAUCCCGAUUGUGCAAAUGUCGAUCAUAAAAGGACGCGACGAGGACGAUUGCACCCAAAAGAAUAUCAAGCUCGGACAGGCCGUGGCUCGGUUCCGUGAUGCCGGGUUUGCGAUUAUUGGGAGUGGAGGGUCAUAUCAUGAUUUCAAUGCUAUAGCCAAGGCAUUCUUCACGAAUGAACCCGUCACCGGCGCGGAGCAGUUCGAGGAGUUUUUACGAUCCGUGGCAUCCAUCCCGAACUCUGCAGAUAGAGAGGAGGCCCUCCUCGGUUGGAGAGCGGAUCCAACUAGCCGUUCUGCUCAUCCGCGUGGCGCAUCUGAGCAUCUCAUGCCAUAUAUGGUUGCGUCGGGGGCUGGAGGGGAUACACCGGGCAUCAGAUUCGCCCGUUAUGAAUACAAAGGGGCGCCAAUGAGCUUUUAUAUGUGGUGA